UCUCUCUCUCCCCCUCACAUUCAUAAAAGGAGAAGAAACACACACGUUCAUGAGCCGUAUGAAGAAAUGGAUUGGCAAGUGGGAAUCUCUCUUGUGGUGAUCAUAUUCUCUUGUUUGCUAUGGCUUGGGAAAAAGAGGAGGCAAACGAGUUAUGACUCGAUAGGCAAAGAUGCCAAGAUUCCUAGUGGAACAAAUGGGUUGCCUUUGCUUGGAGAGACACUCGAGUUUAUGGCAAGCAAUUACACCACCACACAUGUUAGUUUCUUGCGGAAGCGUCGAUCACUGUAUGGGAAGGUGUUCAGGUCCAAUGUCCUGGGAAGGCCAAUAAUAAUGUCCACAGAUCCUGAGGUGAACAAGAUAGUGUUGCAGGAUGAUGGCAGAACCUUCGUUCCCUCCUACCCGAGGACUGUCGUCGAGGUGAUGGGCGAAACUUCCAUCCUGUCAAUGACCGGGGACGAGCACAAGAAGUACCAUGGCUUCGUGGCCAAGUUCCUCAAGGCAGUUCCUCUCAUGGAGCGCGUUGCCAAGGAGAUCGAGCAAUCUAUGGAGCUCGCUUCCCGCAGAUGGAAGGACAAGCCGCAGAUCUACUUCCAAGAUGAGAUCAACCAGAUUACGUUUGAAAUAUUGGUCAGAAUGUUACUAGGAAUUGAUCCGGGGAAAGAAAUGGAUCUUAUAAGGACAGAAUUUUACGAACUUAUCAAGGCCAUUAUAUGUAUCCCUGUCAAAUUCCCUGGAACGACACUGUACAAGUCAGUGAAGUCCAGGGAGAAAAUGGUGGAGCUGAUAAAAGAGAUCAUACGAUAUAAGGUGGAGAAAGGUGAAUAUCGAGCACUGUCAAGUUUCGUUGAUGUUCUGAUUGAUGAAUUCCUUGAUGCAUCUGAUCAAAAAACAAUUGAGUUCAUAUGCGGAGCCAUCAUAGAGAUGAUGAUACCAGGGCAGGACUCUGUUCCUAUGACUACGACUCUUGCGAUAAAGUAUCUGACCGAUUACCCUGCUGCGAUAAAGAAAUUACGGGAGGAGAACAUGGAACUAAAGAGGAAAAAAAUCCAAUCUGGUGAACCCUAUACUUGGUCUGAGUACACAUCAUUGCCUUUUACUCUAAAUGUGAUCAAUGAGACUCUUAGGAUGGCAAACAUUGUCAAUGCUGUUUGGAGAAGGUGUCUCAAGGAUGUUGAAAUCAAAGGUUAUCUAAUUCCCAAAGGGUGGUGUAUUAUGACAUCUUUCUCUUAUGUUCACAUGGAUGAAGAAAUUUAUGAGGAUCCAUUUAAAUUCAAUCCAUGGAGAUGGGAGGGUAAAGGACAACUCAACCAGAAUAAUUUUACUCCAUUUGGUGGUGGACAGAGGCUUUGUCCUGGUUACCAUCUGGCCAAAAUGGAAAUUGCAGUCAUUCUCCAUCACUUCAUUACUAGUUUCAGUUGGGUGGAGGCUGAACCUGACACUGUGACCACUUUUCCAAGAGUCAGGAUGAAGAAGAAAUUCCCUGUCAUAGUAUCACCAAUUUCUGAUUAGAUCUCUACUUCAUAGACUCUCCUCAUCUUGUUCCCCUAAGGGUCAGGUCGAAGAACAAAUUCCCUAUCAUAGUGUCACCAAUUUCUAAUUAAAUCUACUUUAUAGACUCUCAUCUUGUUCCCCUUGAUAAUUGUUCCUGGGUAAUAAUUGCAACAUAUUUAUUGUCACUGUAUGUGCAAAAGAACAAUUUUAGUCACUAAUUAAUAUUUUGUCUACAGAGUAAAAAUAUUUUUUAUUUCAA